AUGCCUCGUUUUAAGACCGCGUUCAAUGGAUACUCGGCUCGCUUCAGUCCGUUUGUGGAGAAUCGACUGGCUGUCGCCACGGCACAGAACUUCGGCAUCAUUGGCAACGGUCGCCUGCACGUACUCGAGCUCUCCCCAGGAGGCGGGUUGGUGGAGGUGAUGGCGUAUGACACGGCAGAUGGACUGUACGACUGCUGCUGGAGUGAGGCGAAUGAGAAUCUUCUUGUGACCGCCAGUGGCGAUGGCAGUGUGAAGAUAUGGGACUUGGCUCUCCCCCCCGCCAGCAACCCCAUCCGCAGCUUGGAAGAGCACAUUCGAGAAGUCCAAUCAGUGGACUGGAACGUUGUGCGCCGUGACUCCUUCCUCUCAUCAUCCUGGGACGAUACAAUCAAGUUAUGGGCGUUGGAGUCUGGGCAGUCCCUGGGGACGUUCAGGGAGCACACGUACUGUGUCUACUCUGCUGUCUGA